ACUCCUUAAAAGGCUCCCCCUGGGGGCCCACCUGUCCUCCCUAGGGCUUAUCAGGACGCAGCUGCAGUCAGAGGAGCGGGAGGAGGUCCUCCAACAUGCCUGAGGCAAAACCAGUGGCCAAAAAGGCCCCCAAAGGCAAAGAAGCCCCCAAGGAGGCUCCCCCUAAGGAGUCGCCUGCAGAGGCCCCCAAAGAAGCUCCACCCGAGGACCAGUCCCCAACUGCAGAGGAGCCCACUGGAAUUUUCCUGAAGAAGCCAGACUCCAUCUCAGUGGAGAAUGGGCAGGACGUGGUGGUUGUGGCCAAGGUGAACGGGAAGGAGCUCCCGGGCAAACCAACCAUCAAGUGGUUCAAGGGGAAGUGGCUGGAGCUGGGCAUCAAGAGCGGCACCCGCUUCUCCUUCAAGGAGUCCCACGACUCUGCCAGCAAUGUGUACACUGUGGAGCUGCGCAUCGGGAAGGUGGUACUGGGGGAUCGUGGGGAUUACCGCCUCGAGGUCAAAGCCAAGGACGCCUGUGACAGCUGUAGCUUCAACAUCGACGUGGAGGGUACGCUGGUGCAGGGUGGGAAAGCAAAGGAUUCUGCAUCUGGGGGUGAAAGACAGGUGUACCAGCUAGGUGUCUGGAGAGUGCACAGGCAUAGGUUUUUGGAGGAGGGAGUACAGAUUCAGGGGUCAGAAUAUUCAAACUCGGGGAGGAAGCCGAUGCGGGGGUGCAGCCCCAUGGUGGUUCCCAGGGCAAUCUGGCCCCAGCUCUACCCUGCUCCCCUACUCAUUAGGUUCCACAAGCUGGUGAUCGAUGACGUGCGCCCGGAGGAUGAGGGAGACUACAUGUUUGUGCCCGACGGCUACGCCCUGUCACUCUCGGCCAAGCUCAACUUCCUGGAAAUCAAGGUGGAGUACGUUCCCAAGCAAGAGCCACCAAAGAUCCACUUGGACUGCUCGGGGAAGACCUCAGAUAAUUCGAUUGUGGUUGUGGCUGGAAACAAGCUGAGGCUGGACGUGGCCAUCACAGGGGAGCCCCCUCCCGUUGCCACCUGGCUGAAGGGAGAUGAGGUAUUCACGUCCACCGAGGGCAGGGUCCGCGUGGAGAAGCGAGUGGAAUGCAGCAGCUUUGUGAUCGAGAGUGCAGAGCGGGCGGAUGAGGGCCGCUAUACCAUCAAGGUCACCAACCCUGUCGGCGAGGACGUGGCCUCCAUCUUCCUGCGGGUGGUGGAUGUCCCAGACCCCCCGGAGGCCGUGCGCGUCACCUCGGUUGGAGAGGAUUGGGCCAUCCUUGUCUGGGAGCCACCCAAGUAUGAUGGGGGGCAGCCGGUCACCGGGUACCUCCUGGAGCGGAAGAAGAAGGGCUCUCAGCGCUGGAUGAAGCUGAACUUUGAGGUCUUCACGGAGACCACGUAUGAGUCCACCAAGAUGAUCGAGGGCGUCCUCUACGAGAUGCGUGUCUUCGCUGUCAAUGCCAUAGGUGUCUCCCAGCCCAGCAUGAACACCAAGCCUUUUAUGCCUAUUGCACCCACGAGUGAACCCCUGCACCUGGUGGUGGAGGAUGUGACAGACACCACCACCACACUCAAGUGGAGGCCUCCGAACAGGAUCGGGGCAGGCGGCAUCGAUGGGUACCUAGUGGAGUACUGCCUGGAAGGCUCCGAGGAGUGGGUCCCCGCCAACACUGAGCCCGUGGAGCGCUGUGGCUUCACCGUCAAGAAUCUCCCGACCGGAGCCAGAAUCCUCUUCCGAGUCGUCGGGGUCAACAUCGCGGGGCGCAGCGAGCCGGCCACCCUGGUCCAGCCGGUCACCAUUAGGGAGAUUGCGGAGCCACCCAAGAUCCGGCUCCCCCGCCACCUCCGCCAGACCUACGUCCGCAAAGUGGGAGAGCCCCUCAACCUUGUGGUUCCCUUCCAGGGAAAGCCCCGGCCCCAGGUGGUGUGGACCAAGGGCGGGGCCCCGCUGGACACCUCCCGCGUGCACGUGCGGACCAGCGACUUCGACACCGUGUUCUUCGUGCGCCAGGCGGCCCGCUCCGACUCUGGGGAGUACGAGCUGACCGUGCAGAUCGAGAACAUGAAGGACACUGCUACCAUCCGCAUCCGCGUUGUGGAAAAGGCUGGGCCCCCCAUAAAUGUGAUGGUGAAGGAGGUGUGGGGCACGAACGCGCUGGUGGAGUGGCAGGCCCCCAAAGAUGAUGGGAACAGUGAGAUCAUGGGGUAUUUGGUCCAGAAAGCAGACAAGAAGACCAUGGAGUGGUUCAACGUCUAUGAACGCAACCGGCACACUAGCUGCACCGUACCCGACCUCAUCGUGGGCAACGAAUACUAUUUCCGAGUUUACACUGAGAACGUCUGUGGGCUCAGUGACGCACCUGGGGUCUCCAAGAACACGGCUCGCAUCCUCAAGACAGGAAUCACCUUCAAACCCUUUGAGUAUAAGGAGCAUGACUUCCGGAUGCCUCCCAAGUUCCUGACGCCUCUCAUAGACCGGGUGAUCGUGGCUGGGUACUCGGCGGCUCUCAACUGUGCUGUCAGAGGCCACCCAAAGCCGAAAGUGGUCUGGAUGAAGAAUAAGAUGGAAAUCCGCGAAGAUCCCAAGUUCCUGAUGACCAACUACCAGGGGGUCCUGACGCUGAACAUCCGCCGACCCUCGCCCUUCGACGCUGGGACUUACAGCUGCCGGGCCGUCAACGAGCUGGGCGAGGCGCUGGCUGAGUGCAAGCUGGAGGUCCGAGUGCCGCAGUGAGACCUGUACCUAUCCCCUACCUGCCAAGACAGUCUGUGGCGGAGUCCUGACCCCAAUCCCCAGCCUUCCGGGACUGUGUUCCUUGUGGAGUUUUCGCUAAGAACAAAACAGUGUUGCUGAC